AUGGAACCAAAUCAAGUAAAUGUGGAAGAAAAAACUCUUAUUGAUCAUUUUUCUCCAAUUUCUGCUAAUCCACCAUCAUGCAUUAUUUUUCCUGAAACAAAUGCUACACAUUUUGAGCUGAAACCUUCCAUAAUUCAACUUUUGCCAUCUUUUUAUGGGUUAGGUAAAGAGGAUCCAUACAUGCAUGUAAAAGAUUUUUUAGAAAUUUGCUCUACUUUUAGAUUUCAAAAUUUUUCUGAUGAAUCUGUUAGGCUUAGACUUUUUCCAUUCUCAUUAAAAGAUAAGUCUAAAGCCUGGUUAAAUUCACUCCCAGCCCGAUCCAUUUCUACUUGGGAUGAAUUAGUUAAUAAAUUUUUGUCCAAAUUUUUUCCCAUGUCUAAAACGGAUAAUAUUAGGAGAGAAAUCUCCGAAUUUUAUCAGAAAGAUCACGAAGAAUUUUAUGAAUGUUGGGAAAGAUUUAAAGAUUUAUUGCUAAAAUGUCCACACCAUGGUUUUGAAAAAUGGAGAUUGGUAAAAUACUUUUAUGAUGGAUUAUCUCCCUCAAACCGACAAAUGGUACAAUCAAUGCACACUGGAAAAUUUUUGCAAUUUAGAGGGGAUGAGGCUUGGGAGUCUCUUGAGAAUCUUUCUGUAAAUUCUCAACAGUGGAAUUGCCAAGAUCCUAGAUCGAAAGCUUCCAACACACCUAAGAGAGGUGGAAUUUACGAUGUCAAAGAUGACGUAGAUAUUAAAACAUCAUUAGCAAAUCUAACUAGGAGAGUUGAAGCUAUGUCAUUAAGUCAAUCCAUGAAUACUCCUAUACAUAGGAAUGAAAUUUGUUCCUUAUGCUAUAGUACAAGUCAUAGUGCCCAGUCAUGUCCAUCAUUGCCUAUAUACCAAGAGGCAUUUUCUGAAGAAGUAAACGCUCUUCAAACUUAUGGGAAAUCAUCUGAUAGCCCAUUUUCUCAAUCCUACAAUCCAAAUUGGAGAAAUCAUCCAAAUUUUUCAUGGAGACAGAACCAGCCUCCAAUGAAUCAAGGGCACCAGUACAACACGCCCAAUCAGAGUCAAGCCCAACCUAAUAUGCCAUAUCCUCAACAACAAAGAAAACCAUCUUUAGAGGAUACACUACAACAGUUUAUGCAAACCACCCAACAAGCUUUACACACAAAUUCUCAAUCCCUGUUAAAGCUUGAAACACAAAUGGGUCAGCUUGCUACUGCUGUAGCUGAAAGGGAAAAGGGAAAACUUCCCAGUCAACCCAUUCCAAAUCCAAAGAGUCAGUACGAGGUAAGUACAUCUAGACCUACUGAAGAAGCUAAAUCAAUUUCUAUCCUUAGGUCUGGAAAAAUAAUUGAAAAACCUGAUUACAUACCUCAAACUGAUGCUGAAAUAAACAAAGACUCAUUGAAAGAAAAUGAAAAGAGUCAGCCUGAAAGUUCACAUUCCAAAGACUCGGUUGAAGAAUCGAGUCAAACCUUACCGUUCAUUCCAAAAGCUCCAUUCCCACAAAGAUUGCUCCCGAUCAAAAGAGGUAGUCAGUAUGGUGACAUCUUAGAGGUAUUCAAACAAGUAAGUAUAAAUAUCCCUUUCUUAGAUGCCAUUAAGCAAAUACCUGCCUACUCUAAAUUCUUGAAAGAUUUGUGUACUGCAAAAAGAAACACAAAUGUUCCGAAAAAGGCAUUUUUAACGGAACAAGUCAGCUCCAUAAUUCAAUAUAAAAGUCUUGUUAAACACAAAGAUCCGGGGUGUCCCACCAUUCCUUGUAUUAUUGGUGAUCAUGUGAUUAACAAAGCUUUACUUGAUUUAGGAGCUAGUGUGAAUUUAUUGCCUUAUUCUGUUUAUAAGCAACUUGGUCUAGGGGAACUGAAACCAACAUCUAUGACACUUCAGUUAGCUGAUCGUUCUGUGAAAAUUCCUAGAGGUGUCAUAGAAGAUGUUUUGAUUAAGGUAGAUAAAUUUUAUUUUCCUGUUGAUUUCAUUGUUCUUGAUACUCAUUUUGUUGAAGACAUAAGUGCUCAAAUUCCGAUCAUUUUGGGUAGACCAUUUUUAGCCACAUCAAAUGCAAUCAUCAACUGUCGUAAUGGUGUUCUUAAAUUAUCAUUUGGAAAUAUGACUGUUGAGUUGAAUGUUUUUAAUGUUGCUAAUAAAUCUGUUGAUUGCGAUGAUGUAUAUGAGGUAAAUUUUAUUGAUUCUGUCACACAAGAUUUCAUGCUAAACAAAGAUAAUUCUUUUGAAAAUUGUGUAAGUCAUUUUGGUAUGAAUUUUGAAAGUUCUUUUGAUAGUGUAAAUUCUUUGUUAGAGUCUACACCAUUGAUAAACACAGAAGAGUGGAACACCAAAGUUGAGUCAAUUGAACCCUUUCGCCAAUUAGAAUCACAGUCACUCCCUGAACCACCAAAGUUAGAUCUAAAGGUUUUACCUGAAGAUCUAAAAUAUGCAUUCCUAGGAGAGUCAGAAACCUUCCCUGUUAUCAUCGCAUCUGCGUUAGACAAGAAACAAGAAGAGAAAUUGGUACAAGUUCUUAAGAGUCACAAAGAAGCCAUAGGGUGGACCAUGGCUGACAUCAAAGGAAUUAGUCCUUCGGUGUGCAUGCAUCGAAUCCAUUUAGAAGAAAAUGCAAAGCCAUCCCGUGAGUGUCAAAGAAGGUUAAAUCCAAAUAUGAAAGAAGUAGUGAGAGAUGAAAUACUUAAAACAUUAGAUGUGGGUAUUAUAUACCCAAUUUCUGAUAGUUCAUGGGUCAGUCCGAUCCAUGUUGUUCCUAAGAAGUCUGGAAUUACUGUAGUCAAAAAUGCAAACGAUGAAUUAAUCCCCACUAAAAUCCAAACUGGAUGGAGAGUGUGCAUUGACUACAGAAAACUGAAUAGCCUCACCAGAAAAGACCAUUUCCCAUUACCCUUCAUUGAUCAAAUGCUUGAAAGAUUAGCUGGUCACGAGUACUACUGUUUUCUCGAUGGUUACUCGGGAUACAACCAAAUCCCGAUAGCACCCGAGGAUCAAGAAAAGACCACCUUCACAUGUCCUUAUGGAACAUUUGCUUAUCGACGCAUGUCUUUUGGCUUAUGCAAUGCACCUGCGACGUUUCAAAGGUGUAUGAUUGCAAUUUUUUCUGAUAUGGUUGAACAUUUUUUGGAAAUCUUUAUGGAUGAUUUUUCUAUUUAUGGAUCUUCUUUUGAUGAAUGUUUACACCACCUGUCUCUUGUCUUGAUUCGUUGUAAAGAAAAGAAUUUAGUGCUAAAUUGGGAAAAAUGUCAUUUUAUGGUAAAACGUGGAAUUGUCUUAGGACAUGUGAUUUCAUCUGAGGGAAUAGAAGUUGACAAAGCUAAAGUUGAUCUUAUUUCAAAACUUCCACCACCUAAAACUGUGAAAGAAAUUAGAUCAUUCUUAGGUCACGCCGGUUUCUACCGGAGAUUCAUAAAAGACUUUAGCAAAAUUUCACGGCCUCUGUGCCAUUUACUUGGAAAAGAUAAUGCAUUUGUUUUUGAUCAUGAUUGUCAUAUUGCUUUUGAGAAAUUGAAAACUAUGCUAACUACUGCACCCAUUAUUCAACCUCCUGAUUGGAACCUUCCUUUUGAAAUAAUGUGUGAUGCUUCUGAUUAUGCUAUAGAAGUUGUCUUAGGGCAAAGAAUUGAUAAAAUACCACAUGUUAUUUCCUACUCUAGCAAAACUCUAAAUGAUGCUCAAUUAAAUUAUUCCACAACUGAGAAAGAAUUGCUUGCUGUAGUCUUUGCCUUAGAAAAGUUUAGGUCUUAUCUGUUAGGAUCUAAAAUAAUUGUUUAUUCUGAUCAUGCUGCUUUAAGAUAUCUUUUGUCAAAGAAAGAUGCAAAAUCACGUUUAAUCCGUUGGAUACUUCUUUUACAAGAGUUUGAUCUAGAAAUUCGUGAUAAAAAAGGGUCUGAAAAUGUUGUUGCUGAUCACUUAUCUAGGCUAGUUAUUGAAACUAGUAAAGAGCCUACCCCUAUCACCGAAACUUUUCCUGAUGAACAAUUGAUGCAUGUUUCUUCUCUGCCUUGGUAUGCUGACAUUGUAAAUUAUCUUGUUACUGGUGAAAUACCAUCUCACUGGUCUAAACAAGAUAAAAAUAAAUUUUAUUCUGAGGUGAAAAAUUUUAUCUGGGAUGAUCCAUACUUGUUUAAAUAUUGUCCUGAUCAGAUAGUACGUAGAUGUAUCCCGAAUUGUGAUCAAACUAAAAUCAUAUCUUUUUGUCAUGAUCAUGCCUGUGGAGGCCAUUUCAGUAGUAAAAAGACUGCUGCAAAAAUUUUACAAUGUGGUUUUUAUUGGCCCACAAUUUUUCGUGAUACAUAUGCAUACUGUAAAGCCUGUGAACGUUGUCAAAAGUUAGGAAGUCUGUCUAGAAGAAACAUGAUGCCUUUAAACCCUAUUCUUAUUAUUGAUGUAUUUGAUGUUUGGGGUAUUGAUUUUAUGGGACCUUUUCCUAACUCGUUUGGAAAUUUGUAUAUUCUUGUUGGAGUUGAUUAUGUUUCAAAAUGGGUCGAAGCUGUUGCAUGUCACACAAACGACCACAAAGUGGUGGUUCGUUUCUUGAAAGAAAAUAUUUUUUCCCGUUUUGGCACACCACGUGCUAUCAUUAGUGAUGGAGGUACACAUUUUUGUAAUAAGCCAUUUGCACAUCUCAUGAAAAGUAUGGCAUUACACACAAAGUCACUACACCAUAUCAUCCUCAAACUAGUGGUCAAGUUGAAAUCUCUAAUAGGGAAAUAAAGCACAUCCUAGAAAAAACAGUCAACCCAACUAGGAAAGAUUGGUCCCUGAGACUAACUGAUGCUUUAUGGGCAUAUCGUACUGCAUACA